AUGUUACUUCAAUGGGUAUUUGACUUGUUUGGCAAAAAGCACAAUGGGAUAUUAGACUUUGACGAGCUUCCGCGCACUCUUUCAGUCUUUCAUCCCAAUGCUCCUAUUGAAGAUAAAAUUGAUUAUGGCUAUAAUUGGAGAAAGAAGAAAGGUGGAAAGGCAGUGAAGGAGGCUCAUAAAAGCACAUCAGGUGAAGCCCUCACCAACAGCUCCACGCCGUUGUGUCUUCUCAUCUCAAUAUCUCCAUUCACAGUAUUCCAAAGUUUGCAGAGGCUAGGGAUGCUGUCAAAGCUAUUGUUCUUACUGGUGGAAGGGAUAGUGAAGCAAUUAGCGCUGGCACGAGAUCAUGAUAAAAUUACUGCGGUGAUCAAUUUGUUGACCACCGAGUUUACCUACUCGGCCGAGGCAAAUCAUCGCAAAAGAGGGUUGAUAGGACUGGCUGCAGCAACAGUAGGUUUGACUUCGGAAGCAACACAGCAUCUUGAGGAUAUCACGUCAGAGGUUGAGGAACUGGUGGCAGUUUCAGCUUACCAUGGAUCCUUUCAGCCAUAUUACUUCUCAGAUUUGGUGCCAAGUUAG